UGGCCGCUCAGUGCACGGGCAGAGCUAACGAAGCCAAACCCAGCUUCAGUUUGUAUUUUUUUCAGCUUCUUGUCAUCACCGUCAGAAGCAAAUAGUUGUUUUAGAACACCGAUCAUACCCCAAUUUUCGUUCUCUUUUUAAAUAUUUCGACCCUCCGUUUGGUUGCCUGGAAAACCUGGGAAAACAUACAAGUUUCAAUUUUUGUUUUGUUUCGUGGGUUAGAAAUUUCCUGACUUUUUUUUGUAAAGAACAGGAUUAUAACAACGGCUUCUGAUAGGCUCUGAUUUCUUGUUGUUUACCUUCGCUUUACUCAGCUAGAAUGACUCGAACGACAUGGUCCGACAAAAUCAGAGCUGAUAUGCAGUGCAGAUAGGAAAGACAUCAGGUUUUGGCUAGCAGACUGAGCCCAAGCAUUCAUGUCUCAGGAUGUAAAGCGAACCCAAGAUUGAUCUCUGACUGAGUAUUUUUUGUCUACUACUGAUCACAAAGACUUCAUGAUGGAUUAGCACCCAGUAUAAACCUGUUCUAGGAGGAUAAUGGAAAACCACUGUGGCCAAGCAUUUGAUUCAGAUGAGAGUGAAAAGUGUCUGCAAAUUGAAAGUUAUGUCGAGCAUGAAUUUGGCGAUGAUGACCUUUCCAAAAAUGCUGAUCUAUGUAUGGGUAAAGUUGAUAAGAUUAUAGAACAGCCGCAUGAAAGUUCAUCCUUAAUAGACAAUGUCUUAGAACCAUAUGUUGGCAUGGAGUUCAAUUCCAGAGAUGAUGCUCGAGAAUUUUAUAUAGCUUAUGGCAGGCGUACUGGGUUUACUGUACGCAUUCAUCAUAAUCGGCGGUCACGAAUAAAUAACGUGGUUAUUGGUCAAGAUUUUGUUUGUUCAAAAGAAGGUUUUCGUGAAAAGAAGUAUGUGUACAGGAAAGAUAGAGUUCUUCCUCCACCGCCUAUCACCAGAGAAGGCUGUGCUGCGAUGCUGAGGCUAGCUUUAAGGGAUGGAGAAAAGUGGGUCGUCACAAAAUUUGUAAAGGAACACAAUCACACAUUAUUAUCUCCAAGUAAAGUUCCAUGGCGAGGAUCUGGAAAAAAUAUGAUAAGUGAGGAUGAGAAGGACCAAAGAAUUCGAGAGCUGACCCUUGAACUUAGCAAUGAGAGGCAACGAUGUAAACGUUUGUGUGCGGCUUAUCAGGAACAGUUACAUAUGGUGUUGAAAUAUAUUGAGGAGCACACCGACCACAUGGAAAGAAGAGUGCAAGAUAUAGUUCAGAACGUGAGGGAAAUUGAGAAUGAGCAGCAGGGGGACUCAACUUUUUUAUAGAAUUUAGAAUUUGUACAUGUGUCCUUUUGAAUUCGAUUGACCCUGAUAUCACCAAUUUCAAGUACAUUUACUUUAGGCUAUUCCAUGUAGACUUUGAUGAACACUCGAGGAUGAAUGAUGUCCAUCCGGUGAUGGUUUUUAUCUCCUGUU